AAUUUUCAAUCUCAGAAUUUUAACCGAAACCCUUCAAGCUUUCGUAAGCAACCAGUCACAUUAAUAAUAGAUUCAUAAAAGAAGAAUAUAUAUCUCUCUUUUUUCUACGACUUUUUGUAUCGGAAUUUCUGGUAUAUGAUUACAAAAAUGGUAAAAUUUGGAAAAUAAAUCCUAUAUAUCCAGCAUUUCGAUGUAAAGAUGUCUGGUAUUAAUAGUGAGGCUCUACUGUAUAUAUGUAUGUACAUCAUCUAAUUCCAUAAGACAUCGGAUCCGGUUAGCCAUGGAAUAAGCUUUCCAUGCUUGAUCCGAGGAAGAAGAUAGGAGAAAUACCGUGUCAUCUUACCAAUGCCGCUGACAUGAUAUCAGGUACUUCGUAGUUAUGACUGACUGCCUUAGUAUUGUACAGCAUGAUUGCAAAGAAGAUUCAUUUCUCUGCCUGGACAUCCAAUAAGGUCCGGUACAUGUAGUGUAACAUGGUGACAAAGAUAAAAGGUUCCAUUGCUCCAUCUCAGCUGUUCAGCCAAAACUCGCAACAAAAAGGAGUAGAAAAGCAGGAGAUCCUUCCGCUGCUUGGAAAUACUGGCCAGGUAAGGGCCGUUGAGGAUAUCAUGAAUUGUCGAUCCAGCGUGGAUUCAUACCGGAUCUUCGAGAAAUAGUUAAUAAACUUAGUGUAUAAAAGGCAGCUUUACCUCUCAGAACUUCAGAGACGUCGAGAUCCUUUAUCAGUCACAGACAGGGGUUUAUUGUUCUGAUGCAGUCACAGCAGUCAUAGCAGACAUUCUAGGCGAAUCGUGGGAAGGAUCUGUUGGUGAGUGAGCAAAAAAAGACUAUCAGCCGUGCCAGCCAACUCAUCUAUAACAUGAAUAAUGAUAGGAGGUAGAAAGAAGCAAGAGACAUCUAAUACUUGGAUUCUUGUUGUGAUGAUUCCAAAUCGGCAGGGAUCUAGUAAUGAUUCUUAUCGACAAAUGUUCACGGAGUAGAAAGAGUAGGCGAAAUAAAAUGUAAAAUAGUUGAAGAAAUCUAUAGAAAGUAGGUCGUUGUCUGUAUACCUAGGUAGGUAGGUAAGGUAAAACAUAUAGCUGGCCAUAUGAAAGUUACUCGUGAUUUAUAAGAUCUUACGUCCUUCAAGUGACUUGUAUGGAUGUUCCAUGGGCUGGCUCGGCGCCUUCAGGGGUUUGUUCCAGGGGUUGGAUGAUCAUUGGCUGCUAUGGACCUCCGCGAUUUUGACCCUCUUCAAAUUGUAGAUGCUAGAACUAGAACAUCCGAACGGCCCAAGAAAUAUCAAUUGAGGCUGCGACGAUACCAGCAACUCUGAUUUUAUAGCUAAGCUUUAUAAACAUGACAGAAACAAGAAAGUAAAGAAUGUAGGGAGAUUUAUAUGGGCAAUAUUCCCGUGACAGAAUGAGUGAGUACCAUUAAUCAUCGAGGGUGUUUUAGUUCAAACUUCCCGUCCCUCAAAACUUGACGCAAAGCAAAACAUUGCCUUCUUCUUCGGCGGCCCUUUUUUUCCAUUUACAGCAUAUCCUUGCUGAUUCUUGUCUCAAGCAUCAUUUCCAGGGCAUCGUGCUGAGGGAAUAACAGAAAACUUCUCGCCCAUCGACAUUGACGUGACGACGUGGACUGCGACCUUGAAACGCUCACAUACCACCAACUCGAAAUCCGUUACUCAUUCCCGGGAGCCAAGCUCCAGUCAAUCUUUCUUCGCAGGUCUCAAGGCCGCUUUCUCAGAGUCGCCUUCCCAACCUGCCAAUCUGUCGCCGCGAUUCUACACUGGCAGUUCGAGAGGAGGUUCAAUAGAUGCAGAUGCGAAAAGUCAUCACAGAAACACCAGCAUCGUUCAUGGCAUACAGCGGUCCAGGAAUGGGAGCUUCGGCAGUUCAUCUACUAGCCCACUGAGCCCGCAGAUAAUUGCUGCUGCAGGUGGAGAUUUUACAGAUGCAUCGGUCAUGGGCGAUUCGAAUUUCUCCUCCGGCGCAUCCAGUAUGACCAGUGGCACUUCUUUUAGUUCGAAUACAACAUUUGUACCGUCCCGAAGUCCUUCAGCGGCCGAAAAUGCGCCAUCAGCUAGCACGCACAGAAAUAUGGAGCGUGGUAAUAGUACCAGUGGAAGGAGCCGGAGAAACCAUUCGCAUCAUCACUCCCAUUCAAGGCAUCAUAAGGACGAGUUGAAAACUGUCGGCGAAUAUGCUCUGCAUUUCUUGUUCACUUCAGUCAGUGCUCCUUGAUUCUUUCUUGGCAUACCUUCUAAUGUCAUGCUCUAGUUCAUUGCGCAAGCAGAGGAAAAGAUCUCACAGUGCGUUACUCUACCACUGGACCCAGAACCUCAGAUAGAACAUAUAUGCGGAAUGGGAGUGGACCCGGCAUUUGACCAAUUGAUCUCUGCUUUGGGUCAUAUCGCCAGCCAAAAACCUAAACCUCUCAUUGAUUCUAUGAUGUUAUGGCGAAAGAACAAGAGUGAUGCUGCCAACGAGGCUAGGAUUCAGCUUCAACAGGUAUGCUUGGGAUUCGCAAGUGUUUAUGUCCGUUGCUGAUGAAAUAUUGUAGUCCAGAGGUAAUGUAUUUCCAGGCCAAAUCCCACGAAGAAAUACGGAGCCCCCUCAUAAUCAGCAAGAUGAUCUAAUGGCUGGUCUGCCAACUAUAGCCGCACGCCAGGAGUUUGUCGCUCAGGCAGAACGUCGGUCCACAGCUUCAAUAUUUAUAUUAUGCCGAGUCCUGAUGGAAGUCAUCGGGCAAAGUACCUUGGCUCGUAUCACGCCUGAGAUGGAAGAAAAGUUGGAAGGAAUUAUUUUUGGACAACUGAAAAUUGCCGACGCAGACCAACUGAGCACCUCGCCUCUCAAGAUGGCCAAUUGGUUCUUAUUCAGCCAAUUACUCGGUGUCAUGGCAGAAAUCAAUUUUGACAGUGUCACUGAUCGCUUCAUAGCGGAUCUCGAGAAGUCGCAGAAAGACCUAGUCAAAUAUCCAAUGAAUAGGGAUAUUGAAGGGCGUAUGGUUUUAGUCCUCGGCGGCAUGAAGCAUAUUCGUCUUAAGGCAUAUCCCGAGGAUGCAUGGGACCAGUCGUGCGAUUUCAUGAUCUCUCUUGGGAGAUUCUUUUCAAAAUCACAUGGUCAGCAUCUUAAAUAUGCUUAUUGCAUGGCACUCGAAAUACUUCUUCUGCCAAUUGCUGCCACAGCAAACACGGAACUCAAUAUGCCGAAGUGGAAUGAAGUGUUGGCAACUAUAGGUCCUAGACUGGCUUCGAUGUUCAUUAAGCCUCGUCACUGGGCUGUUGCAUUUCCAUUGACAGCGACGUUGCUCUGUGUAUCUCCCACGGAUACCUUUUCGACACAGUGGCUUCAGCUAAUCCUACCCCUCCAGGCAAAAAUGAAGGAGCCAAGAACUAGACCAAUCUGUCUACAAGUAAUUUCGAGACUUCUUUGGACUUAUUUGCAUCGCACAAGCGAUACUACGAACGCCACAAUUAAGAAGUUGGAAGAGGUCAUGAAACUUUUGCUACCUCAUGGUAAGAAGUCCUACAUUUCUACGGAAGCAUCGAUCAUCGAACCGCUGAUCCAGAUUAUACGCAUCAUUGGUUUCAAAUAUCAAGAUUUCUGUUUCCGUACUAUAGUUUUUCCCUUGAUCAAUGCGGACUUAUUCGCUUCUGGGAGGGAACUCAAGGUCGAACAGUUAGAACCUGAAAAAAUGGUGGUGGGAAUUCGAGCUUUUCUUGCCAUCAUGUCGGAUCUAGAGAAAGGCGACCAAGGUUGUCCACCGUUUCCACAGUACUACUCACCGUUGCCAGUAUUUGAAAGGAUGCCGACUUCCCCCAUAAUGACAGCGCCUCGAAGUCCCAUCACACCCUCUCUGGUAGUUUCUACUCGCGAAGAAAGGCUCUCGCGGCCUGUGAUUACUAACGCGCUGGGUGAUGUUGCCAAGGAAUAUUAUGCAAAGUUUUGUGAGAUUCUAGGGAAAAUCACUAUCAUCUGCGACAACACUUUUGGGGGUCAAGCUGUUUUGGACGAAAAGUUCAAUGGACCAAUCCCCAAAACACCACUUGCCGAAAGCUUCAACUUCCGGCGAGACGACCACCUAGCUCCAUCGGAGCAAAAGCAGGGAUUUUACGAGCUGUUGCACGUUGCGGUACAGGCCCUACCUCGCUGUCUAUCGGCCGACAUACCUUUCAACAUCCUUGUCAACCUCCUCUGUACCGGCACUGCUCACGUGCAGUCUAACAUUGCAGAGUCUUCGGCACAAUCUCUAAAGUCAAUCGCUAGACAGUCUCACGCUCAGCCCGUCACCAUUGGAUUUGCUCGUUUCAUCUUCAACUUUGAUGAUAGAUAUUCUACCAUGUCUGAUGGUGGUAUGCUUGGUCCAGGGCACAUCGAGAAUACACUAAAGCUCUAUGUGGAAUUGCUCCAAAUAUGGAUUGAGGAGAUCAAAAACAAGAUGAAGGACGCCGCGUUAGAUAUGUCCGAAGAUGGAUCUGCUGAUAAGCGAGGAGUGCAACUAGAUCUUUCCGGAAUUUGGGCACAUGUUGAUGAAGUUGAAUCACAUGGCUUAUUCUUUUUGUGUUCACAGUCAAGGCGAGUGCGUGCUUUUGCUGUUACAGUCUUGCGCCUUAUUACGGAAUUUGAUACUGCUUUGGGCAAGGACAAUAGCCGCUUAAUACACAUUCUUGAAGGAGAUGCCAAAGGGGUUAUGGAUUUCAAUGACGAAACCUUAUCUGUUGCAGAGCGCAGUAGACUGCAAAGAGGCUUACAGAAGACAGAUCUCAAUGAGAGACAUGAGAGCGACUUGAUUGAGCUUUGCAGUAGCGAUGUCUCAUAUGAUACAACUCUAUGGUUCAAAAUCUUUCCCAAUCUAAUACGAAUCAGUUACGACCGUUGCCCAUUUGCAGUAACACUUGGGCGGGAACUAAUCUGCAACCGAAUUCUGCAGAUGUAUAAAGGCAUCGUUGUAUUGUCGGAAGCAAACCGCGGCCCACAAUAUGGCUAUGACACUGGCAGCGGCCGCUUAUUGUCAAGAGCCUCAACCACCCCACCGGAAGUACUAAUUGAACAAUGGAAGCUUUAUCUAAUCGUUGCAUGUACGACUCUCUCGGACAAGGGUGGCCAGCAGCAGUCAUCACCACCAAUAACGCAGCACUAUCGAAAGGGAUCAAAGCCAAAUCAGGCAUUGGAGAAGAUCACGUCCGCAAGGAUUCUUUUCAAGUAUCUCAUUCCAUUGCUUUCCGUGGGCCCGGCUUCAAUUCGGGAUGCAGUGGUUGUGGCGCUUGGGUCUAUUAAUAUUAAUAUUUACAAAACAUUACUAGAGGAACUACAAAGCGUAGUAAGCCGUUGCAACGAUGAUGCAAGGGCUCGAAUUCAUCAACGAAGUGCUAGUAGCCCCAGACGAAAUAGGAGAACUGAUCUGCUAAGGACUGAGGUCACUCAUGUAUACAAGUUAACAUCAUCAUUUUUAAAAGAGAAAGAAAUCUAUGAAGACGACUGGAUUCUAAAUAACCUCGUUGUCUACACGAAAGACCUCAAAAUUUUCCUGAUGGACGGGGAAGUUCAGUUGGAUUGGGAAUUUCAGAAGCUCCGUCGUCACUACUGUGGACUAAUGGAAGAGCUUUUUGAGGGUAUUAAUCUCACCAAGGAUCCUUCUCGGUGGAUGACAUUCGAGUCUAGAAAGUCGUCCUUCGCUCUUAUGGAGGACUGGUGUGGCUAUUCCCCGAACCAAAAUCAAAUACGGCAGCGAGAGGAUAAUAUGAGGCAAUCUAUGAUCAAUCAACAAUCACUAGGCGAACGAGGCGUUGUGACAGCCGCCAUGGAAAUCGAGAAAAGGAAUCUUCGAACCGCAGCUCUUAGCGCAAUGGCUGCAUUAUGCGGGGGUCGUAUAAGUAUAACAACCGAAAGUGGAGCCAACUUGCAAUUUGACAUACGACGUAUGCUUUCAUGGGUCGACACUAUUUUCAACACUGGUAGCGAUCGAAUGCAUGUCAUCGGACGACGAGCGUUAAAAAACUUAAUCGUACACAAUAAGGAGUUUCCUUACCUACUAGAGCAUUCUAUCACCAGGUGUUAUCUUGCGGAGGCGCCAAAAGUAUUACAAAGCUAUUUUGGAGUUGUAACGGAGGUACUAAUUGAGUAUCCAGACUAUCCAAUGCCUUUCUGGAGAUUGCUGGGGAUAGGUCUUUACACACUCGGAAGUGAAUUGAGCGACAUCCGAAUUAAAUCUGCUCGUAUACUGCGUGCUUUGGAGGAGAGACAGCAAAGGAGUUCCAAAAUCCAAGAUUUUGACAUCAGCAUUUCAGAUAAGACGAAAGCAGUAUACAAGCUUGCUCAAUUCGAAAUCUCAAAGCGACUCUCAGCUAAUCACUCUGAGUUGGCAUUUCUCAUCUUCUCUGAGUUUACUAUGUACUUCAAGGAACUACAGGCUGGGCCACAAAGAAAUGUGGUCGCUGCCAUUCUGCCAUGGAUUCAAAUCAUUGAACUACAGCUCGAUCCGAACGGCGGACCAACUGCGCAAUCAUAUGUCCUAUUGGCAAACUUGUUUGAGAUAACAAUCAGAUGCAGCAGCAGUCUCCACAAUGAAGUACAGGCUUUGUGGCAGGCGCUUGCUACAGGUCCUCAUGCUGGUAACGUUCAAUUGGUACUAGAUUUUAUUAUGUCAUUGUGCCUCGACAGGCGAGAACAGAAUUUUGUGGAGUAUGCCAAGCAAAUCGUGGUGUUCUUAUCCAGCACUCCUGCUGGUGGUAAAGUCGUUGAAUUCUUAUUGAUGCAGAUCACGCCAAAAGCUAUGGUUCCUAAUGAGAAACGAGAAUUUUUGCCACCUCCGCCUGAUGUUGGAAAGCUGCCAUAUAUGGCAGAACUAUCGGAAGCUUUGCCAAUUGGGAAUAAACAAACAGGACUUUCGUUGGGGCAAUUGUCCCUCAUAUUACUCGUCGAUUUGAUGGUAUCGCCUGUUCAACUUGUGGCAGAAAACGUUCCGCUUCUUUUGCAAGUAGUAACUGUCCUCUGGGAUCAUUAUAUACCACUGGUACAAGAACAAGCCCGAGAAAUGUUGAUUCAUCUGAUCCAUGAGUUGGUAAUUUCUCAGAUUGAUGACGAAAGUACUGAUCCAAGUAAGAAUUCCAUUGAAGAUUUUAUCGAGUCGAUUCGCCGUCACGACCCCAAAGUUAUCUGGCACUACGACGACAACAGUGGCAAGGUAUAUGAUCAAGAGAACAAAGUUCCCCCCGGUAUGGAACUCCUCACUAGGGAGGUAGUCAGAGAUUUCGAAGUAAAAUACCCUGGGAUACAAGAACAGUGGGCUAAAUUAUCAUUGACUUGGGCAACAUCUUGUCCUGUUCGACAUCUUGCCUGUCGAUCUUUCCAGGUCUUUCGAUGCACUCUUACUUCACUGGACCAGCCUAUGCUUGCCGAUAUGUUAAUAAGACUUUCAAAUACCAUUGCCGACUUGGAAAAUUCUACCCAAUUAUUUUCCAUCGAGAUACUUACGACAUUACGGACGCUAAUUCGUAAGCUCGGACCUGCUGAUCUACUUACUUUCCCACAAUUAUUCUGGACCACGUGCGCUUGUCUGGACACAAUAAAUGAACAAGAAUUCUUAGAAGCUAGUCAUAUGCUAGAGGAGCUUCUUGCAAAACUCGACUUGGAUGAUCCCUCAGUGAGAGAUUUGCUCGCCCAAGGACGACCCACAAGCUGGGAAGGUUCUUUUGGUGGAAUACAAGCAUUGAUUUACAAGGGCGUUCGUUCAUCGGCAUGUCUUGAUGUGACACUGUCAAUUCUCAAUAAGCUCGUUACACUACCAAGUGACGAUCUUAUUGGUGACAACAGUCGAUUACUAUUUGCGGUGUUGGCUAAUUUCCCUGGCUUUCUUAAUGCUAUGGAUCAAAAGAAUAUCGACCAGAAGAGCAUACGGACAGCCGAACUCCUUGCAGCGGUUGCGGAAGCACAAGGCUGCAGUACCAUUUCAAGGGCUCUUAGCGGGUUCGCUGGAUCGCGUUAUCGUUCAAGUAAAGACUUUCUGGCGCAAUUGGUUUCUGCGCUUCGCGAAUCGUUCUUCCCAAAAUGGGAAUUCCGUAGUCUGACAUUCGUCAUGGGUUCGCUAACAAACAGUAUACCAUGGUAUAAGUUAAAGACGAUGCGCAUAUUAUGCGCUAUUAUCCCUGACAUCGACAUGAAAAAGCCGGAAAUUGCUUCUCAUGGGCCUGACCUUAUCUCACCUCUCCUAAGACUGCUACAAACGGAAUUUUGUAUGGAAGCUUUAGAGGUACUAGAUCAAAUUAUGACAAUGACGGGAACUCCGAUGGACAGACACCACUUACGUAUGAGUAUGACUAGGUCAUCUUCGAGAGCAGUAAGGAAGGAAUAUGAUAACACUCAAAGCCUCUUUGGUAUCCCAGAAGAGUCUGGCUGGUCUAUCCCAAUGCCGGCAAAACAGGCUAGCGUCACAAGAGCCAAUGUGCAUGCUGUGUUCUACAUGUGUCAGAGUACUAAGAAUACGGAUAAUGAAGUAGCUGCAGCCCCAGAUGUCGAGUUUCAUGUUGAUGACUUCCAAUACGGCUACUUCCCGCCCCCCGAGAGAACUGAAACUAUGAUGUCAGAUGAAGCUCGAGGUGAUGGAAAUAUUGGUGACCUCAUGAUGAAGUUGGACAGCCUAGACGACUUCUUUGAAGACAGUUUGCAGAGUCCCACAAGCGAUGGACGGUCUUCUAGAACAAUUACAGAAGUUGGAUUCUCGGGUGAAAGUUUCGAUUCUGCUGCCGCUCAAUUAUAUGACGAGCAAACUUUACCCAUUCUUCAUCAAUCACUCACCCAUUCAGCAACCAACUCUACUUUUCAAAAUGGCUUCGCUGAUUUAAGGCCACCACGGGAAUCAAGUAAUGCCAUGACACCGGCCGCUUUUAACCUCGUUCCUACCUCCAGACCGAGUUUACAUGCUCGUGCUCUGACAUCACCUUCGGCAUCUUCAGGUCAUCCUAACAUAGCUUACAUGUCAGACGAUGACUUUAGCGAAGACGUUUUCUCGGAUGGUGAAGAUGACCGUACAACCACUUCAGGGGAAGGAUCAUUUUUUCUUGAGAAUAUGAUCAAACCUCUUGCAGCUGGCACUCGGCUAGGUAUGCGACGACUCACUGGCGGCCGAUCAAAGGAUAACGAACGUUUUCGAGAUAGUUUACGAGCAGAAAGGAGAGGAAUUUCUCAACCUCCUCGAUCACCACGAGUACCAAAAGUACCCACCGCAUAUCUUCAGCCGCAGAAACCAUCAAGCCCCGAAGAGGCUAUGUAAUGUAAGAUGAUUACAUUUUUGUGUGGAGAGAUGAGAUUUACACUUAUUUGACGACAUUUAUGGAUGAUACAAUUUUUUGAUGACGCAUUUUAAUGAAACAAAGUUGGAUUUCUUUUCUUUGUCCUUUUCCGGUUUAAUGAAAAAAAAGCGAGCGGUAAAUAGGAAGUGUUUUUUUUUUUUUCGUCUUGGAUUUCAGCAUUUUAUCUUAGUAACACGCGGGAUAAAAAUGGAAAGAUACGGAAGGGAAUUUUCAAUCUCUUUGGAGGGUGGCAGAUUAUUUGGAUGUCUGGAUGGAUGGAUGAAUGGAUGAAUGGAUGGAUGGAUGGAUGGAUGGAUGGACGGACGGAUGAGGUGGGCAGGGAGGUUCUUAUUGUGGAGCUCGUCGGGAACUAAGCGUGAUGGAUGAUGGAUGGAUGGAUGGAUGGAUGGAUGGAUGGAUGGAUGGAUGGUAUGAAUGGUGGGAG